CUCUCCCGCGGCGUCAUGGCGCCCAAGAAGAAGGCGGAGAAGAAGGGCGGCGGCGGCGGCGGCGGCGGCGGCAAGAAGGGCAAAGGCGCCAAAGGGCCGGCGGUGGUGGACGCGCUGCCCCCCGACGGCAUGUCCAAGGAGCAGCUGGAGGAGCACAUGGGCCGCAUCCGGGAGGAGCUGGACCGCGAGCGGGAGGAGCGCAACUACUUCCAGCUGGAGCGCGACAAGAUCCACACCUUCUGGGAAAUCACCCGGCGGCAGCUGGACGAGAAGAAGGCCGAGCUGCGCAACAAGGACCGGGAGAUGGAGGAGGCGGAGGAGCGGCACCAAGUGGAGAUCAAGGUGUACAAGCAGAAGGUGAAGCACCUGCUCUACGAGCACCAGAACAACCUGACGGAGCUGAAGGCGGAGGGCACGGUGGCCAUGAAGCUGGCGCAGAAGGACCACCGGUCUCAGGAGACGGAGCUGCGCAAAGACAUGCGCACCCUGAAGGUGGAGCUGAAGGAGCAGGAGCUGGCCAACGAGAUGGUGGUGAAGAACCUCCGCCUGAAACAGCAGGAAGACCUGACACACCUGCGGAACGACUUUGAGAGGCAAGUGAAAGAGAUUGAGGCUAAGUACGAGAAGAAGAUGCGGGUGCUGCGUGACGAGCUUGACCUGCGCAGGAAGACGGAAAUCCACGAGAUCGAGGAGAGGAAAAACGGCCAGAUCAACACGCUGAUGAAGAAUCACGAGAAGGCCUUCAGCGACAUCAAGAACUACUACAAUGAUGUCACCCUCAACAACUUGGCCUUGAUCAAUACCCUCAAGGAGCAGAUGGAGGAGAUGAAGAAGAAAGAGGAUCACCUGGAGAAGGAAAUGGCGGAAGUGCUGUUGCAGAACAAGAGGUUGGCGGAUCCGCUGCAGCGAGCCCGGGAGGAGGUCUCCGAGCUGCAGCGGAAGCUGGCGCACUACGAGAAAGACAAGGCCAUAUUGGCAAGUAUUCGGGCCCGGCUGAAGGUCACAGAGAAAGACCUGAAGGAUCUCCAGUGGGAGCAUGAAGUGCUGCAGCAAAGAUUCAGCAAGGUUCAGGACGAGCGUGAUGACCUGUACCAGAAGUUCACCAAAGCCAUUAAUGAGGUACAGCAGAAAACUGGCUUCAAGAACCUGCUGCUGGAGCGGAAGCUGAUUGGCCUCGCCAGCCUCCUGGAGAAGAAGGAAGUGCAGCUGAACGAGGUGUUGGCUGCCUCCAAUCUGGAUCCCAGCGCUCUCACGGUGGUCACCCACAAGCUGGAGGACGUGCUGGAUUCCAAGAACAACGCGAUCAAAGACCUCCAGUACGAGCUGGCCAGAGUCUGCAAGGCACACAACGACUUGCUGCAAACGUACGAGGCGAAGCUCACCUCCUUCGGGAUCCCCUUGGACAACCUGGGCUUCAAACCCCUGGAGACCUCCAUGCUGGGACACACCCUUGGGCAGGGCCCUGCAGGAUUCGUCUCCACCCCCACCUAGCAGAGCUCUUCAGAAGACGAGACGAGUCAAGCCAAUGCUCCUGCAGCUUGGGGGGUCAAUGGAGGA